GAGCGAAAGCAAAGCUUGCCGGCUUGAUCCUCAUCCUCGACCGGAUGCCGUGGUUUUCACCGGCACGAAACUUCUGAAUCUUUCAUGGUGUUUUCGGUUUUCUCGCCGAGUGGAGCUGCGCUGAGCUCACGUGUGACAUAACAUCACACUCACACUCACACCCACCAAGAGCGGCCAGGACGAAUCCCAGUGAUGUCUCCCUCUCGGUAGCCGGCCUAUAUAUACAGGCGCACGCCGGCAGCAAUAUUCGGCAGAGAAGCAGGACGGUCGGCAAUGGCUUCUGCGGCCGUCUGCUCCCCUAAGCAGCAGCAGCGGCAGGAGGAGGAGAAGGACGGUGGGGUUGUUAAGAUCGGCCGGGUUGACGACGUGCAGGAGCUGCAGAGGGCGUGCGUGGACGACGUGCCGGAGCGGUACGUCCGGGACGGGGAUGACCGGCCGGGCGGUGCCAACGUGUGCGCGCACGCGGAGAUCCCCGUGAUCGACGCCGGCGAGCUCCGGCGCGGCGGCGGCGAUGUGGACGAGCUGGAGAAGCUCAGGAGAGCCUGCCAGGAGUGGGGCUUCUUCCAGGUGGUGAACCAUGGCAUCGACGGCGAGCUGCUGGACGAGAUGGAGAGGUUGUCGAGGGAGUUCUUCAUGCUGCCGCUGGAGGAGAAGGAGCGGUACCCCAUGGCGCCGGGCGGCAUCCAGGGCUACGGCCACGCCUUCGUCUUCUCCGAGGACCAGAAGCUCGACUGGUGCAACAUGCUGGCGCUCGGCGUGUCCCCGGCGUUCAUCCGGCAACCCAAGCUCUGGCCGACCACGCCGGCCGACUUCACCGACACCCUCGAGAGGUACUCCGCCGAGGUCAGGGCGCUCUGCCAUCGUCUCCUCGAGCACAUCGCCGAGACGCUGGGCCUGGCGCCCGGUACGUUCGCGGGCAUGUUCGGCGACGCGGUGCAGGCGGUGCGGAUGAACUUCUACCCGCCGUGCCCGCGGCCGGACCUGGUGCUGGGGCUGAGCUCGCACUCCGACGGGAGCGCGGUCACCGUGCUCCAGCAGGACGCCGGCCGCGCGGGGCUGCAGGUGCUCCGGGACGGCGCCUGGGUGCCCGUCCACCCCGUCCCGCACGCCCUCGUCGUCAACCUCGGCGACUCGCUCGAGGUGCUCACGAACGGCAGGUACAAGAGCGUGGAGCACCGGGCGGUGACCAACGGCGAGCAGGACCGGCUGUCCAUCGUCACGUUCUACGCGCCGGCCUACGACGUCGAGCUCGGCCCGCUGCCGGAGCUCGUCGCCGACGGGGAGGCCUGCCGGUACCGGAGGUUCAAGCACGGCGAGUACAGCCGGCACUACGUCACCAGCAAGCUCGAGGGCAAGAAGACGCUGGACUUCGCCAAGAUCAACUAGACCGCCAAGAACUAUAAUCCUAUAUUGCAGACAUCAUACUGAAGUUGAUAGUGCGUUUGUGUACAGAACUGCUAAGUAAUUAAGAUUCCUGAAGCA